UUCAUCUUGAACGAGAAAAGUUCUGCUGCUUGAUAUGCUCAAAUCUACUCCGCAAUCCUCUGACCGUACCUUGUGGUCACUGCUUCUGCAUGAGCUGCAUCAAUAAGCACUUGGAUCAAGAGGACCAUUUGGGGAUCUACAGCUGCCCUCAGUGUAGGGAGAUUUUUGUGCAGAGACCCCCGCUUGUUAAAAACAACAUGAUAGCAGUUGUAGUGGAAGAGAUGAAGAAGGCUGAAGCCCAAGCUCCAUCGAAGCCAACGAAGAGUCUGCUUKCACCUCCCGUGCAACCAAAAACGUUUUCUUUCAAAGCUUCUGUAGACGACAGGAAGCCUUUUGUCCAAACUUCUGCUUUUGUUACCGAUUGCUAUGCCGGACCUGAAGACGUAGCCUGCGACAUCUGCAUUGGCCGAAAGUUCAAAGCUGUGAAAUCCUGUCUGCAGUGUUUGAUUUCAUAUUGCAGGGAGCAUCUCCGACCUCACAUUGACGUGCCCGGCUUGGCGAAGCACAGGUUGGUGGAAGCAACUGCAAAUCUGGAGGAGAGCAUCUGCCCUGAGCAUCAACAGGUCAAGAAGAUGUUCUGCCGCACUGACCAGCGCUGCAUCUGUUACAUCUGCUCCCAGGAUGGCCAUAAAGGCCACAACAAGAUCUCCAUAGAAGCAGAAAGGAUUGAGAGGCAGAAGGAACUCCAAGCAGUUCGGCAACAAAUCCGGCUGAAGAUCCAGGAGAGAGAAAAAGACCUGAGUUUUUUCCAAGAGGAAGAAGAGGCUGUGAACCAGUUUGCUGACAAUGCAAUUAUCAACACCGAGAAGGUUUUCUCAGAACUCAUUCAUACAAUCGAGAAAAAACUGUCUCACAUUAAAGAAAGCCUCCAGUCACGACAAAACUCUGAGGUGGAUCGCUUCACGACAGUUCGGGACAAAGUGGAGAAGGAAAUCGACGACCUGAACAGAAAAGAUUUCCAYCUGGACCAGCUUUCACAUACAGAGAACCACAUUCACUUUGUGGUGAAUUAUCCUUCACUGAGUCAUCUUGAUGAGUCAAAGCACCAACCGACCUACAGGUUUCGCCGUCAGAGAAACUUUGAGAAGGUUACAGUGGCUGUGGCUGAGGCCAGGAAUAAACUUCAUGAGGUCCUGAUUGAAGAGUAUGAAAAGAUUCUGCAUGCAAUAAACGGAACUAAUGGUUUACCCUCAGUUGGUCGUGCAGAGCAAGAGGCUGCUGCUUUUAUUACCAGUGGUGAACCAGUACAGACCACUGACGAGUUUGUGUGGUCUAGAAUCCUACAGAACCAAACCAGCCCCACACAUGCUCCACAAAAUGUUCUCCAGAAUGGAGAUGACAUCACACAGGGCCAUGUUGAAAUUGUAGAUUCCCAACCUUUCCAAACCAGAGCUACCCCCGAGCCCAAAAAACGGAACAUUCCACCAUAUGAAGCCACCUCUAAUCUUCCCAAGCYAGACUUUUCUUCGAAAAGUGCAAACACUGGAAUUCACAAAUGGAAGAUAUCACAAGCUAGAAUUGAUAUCGACAACGAAGAUGACUUCAUACCAACACAAAACAACUUUAGGAAAAACGCAGAGAAUCGUAUACGACACGCAUCUCAGUACACAUUGAAGAAUCGUGGCUUUACAAAACCCUCGCCUCAGCAAAUACUGGCCAGAGCUUUUAAAUCACAGACCAGGGCUGACUUCCUAAAGUACGCUCAACAAGUCACAUUAGAUACAAAUACAGCAAACCCACAUCUGGUAAUAAACAGUGAGAAAAGAAAUGUAGUGUAUGUAGGAGAAGAGCUGCCAUAUCCUAAGCACCCAGAAAGGUUUGCGUUUUCCUGGCAGGUCCUGAGUCAAGAGAGUUUUACCGGCCGCUGCUAUCUGGAAGUGGAGAGGAAUGGGAAGGGAGUUAGAGUGGCGCUUGCCUACAAGAACAUCAGCAGAAAAGGGGAUUUGAUUGACUGUACGUUCGGCGAAAACAAGAAGUCCUGGGCUUUGGAUUGUUUCAAGAACAGCUGUGAGUUCAAACAUGACAAGGUGAACACUCCCAUCUCCGGCAUAUGGUCCUCCAGAGUCGGAGUGUACCUGGAUCACAGUGCAGGAGUUCUGUCCUUCUACAGCGUCAGCGACUCUAUGACGCUCCUCCACAAAGUCCAGACCACCUUCACUCAGCCGCUCCACGUUGGACUCUGGGUUUCAGAUGGAGCGACUGCCAAGGUGUGCAAAUUCACCUAAACUGUAGUUUUACUGGGACGAUCAGUGGACGGUCAUGAGAAAUGAAAAUUAGAAUCUGGAUAAAAUCUAUACCAUMUAAACAAAACAAUGUUCUGUAUGCACUGAUAAAGAUCCAAUCACUUAAAUUAGAUAUUAGAUAAACAGUUUGUUCUGAUGAUUCAGCACUGUUUUCUAAUAUGGACUUCCAUGUAGUAAC